CAAAUCUUAACAGCUCAAACAACACAAAACAAAAAGCUCACAAAUCGCCUUGCCGCGCCGCCGUUACCCACCUCCCGAAUCGCCCCACCGCCGCCCGCCGUUCCCCUCCUCCGGCCCGGUCCGGAUCGCCUCAUCCUGGUUCUCCUUUCCCGCUGCGCCAGUAGAACAAUGUCCGCAUCCCGGGCCCAACGGACGAUGUCGGCGUCAGCCUGCGCCCCGGAGACCGCGCAGGGCACGCACCUGUUCAAGAUCGACGGCUACAGCCUGUGCAGGGGCCUCGGCGUCGGCAAGUCCAUCCAGUCCGCCGUCUUCCGCGUCGGCGGCCACGACUGGUGCGUCUACUUCUACCCCGACGGCAUCAGGGAGGACAGCAAGGACUACGUCUCAGUCUUCCUCGAGCUCAAGACCCAGAACGCAGAGGCGAGGGCGCUCUACCAUCUGAGGGUGGUCGACCAGGCCUGGCCGCCGCCACCUUUCACGUGGCCGAUCCCCAGCCAGUACGAGCCGCUGGUGUUUAACUCCACCGACGAUGACCGCUGCUGGGGCUACACCCAUUUCAUGAGGAAGACCAAGCUGUGGUCGUACGUUCUGGAGGACACCCUUAUCCUCGAGUGCAAUCUUGCCGUCAUCGAGCUGAAGGACGCACAAGAGGCUAAUGUCAAGAUUAGCUUUGAGGCCCAGGCGCCACUGUCCGAAUUGGUUCAUAACCUUAGCAGCUUGCUGGAGGCUACGGAGGGAUCUGAUGUGUCUUUCAAGGUCAAGGAGGAGGUUUUCCCAGCCCAUAAGAUCAUCCUCGCAAUGCGGUCGCCGGUCUUCAAGGUGAAGUUCUACGGCUCGAUGAGGGACGAGAGUAGCCGCAGCAUAACCGUUGAAGACAUGCAGCCCGCUGUUUUCAGAGGACUGCUUCACUUCAUCUACACUGAUUCGUUACCUCCAUUGGAUUACCUAGAUGACGAUGAGUAUGAAGAAAUGGUCAGGCAUUUGCUCGUGGCCGCAGAUAGGUACGCCAUGGAAAGGAUGAAGUACAUGUGCGAGAUCAAACUUUGUGAGCUUCUUCAUACCGGGACUGUUGCAACCACCUUAGCUUUAGCCGACCAGCAUCAUUGCAGCAAGCUCAAAGAUGCCUGCAUUGGAUUUAUCAACUCUUCAAAUAGAAUGGUUGGUGUGAUGGAAAGUAAAGGGUAUGAGUCCCUGAAAAGGACAUGUCCUUUUGUCAUUGCUGAUAUAUUGGAGAAAGCAGUUAAGACUCGCAGAAUUUAGUAUGCUGACCGUAGAUUAACUUGAGACCAUAGCAAUCUGGGAUUAGUCUGCCUAUUUCUUGUGUUCUCAGAGAUCUUUUGUAAAAGGGUAAGUUUCGCAAAAUGUACGUCUUCGAUGUCAUAAUGGGUCACCCUAUAUAUGUAGCUAUGCUAGAUAAGUAGCGUCGUUAUGUUCUGUUGACUAGAAGCACAUUUACUGUUUUUCGAAUUUUCCCUUUAUUCGGUCAAUCCAUUUCUCAAAGUAGUGAGUAACUAGCUACGA